AUGGUGCUUCCUCCCCCCGCCGAGCUUUUUCUCAAGCGGAAGUUCUAUCUGGCAGGCUCCGCUCUAUGGUCGCCCCUCCGGGACCCUUCCGCAGCCUUCCUGCACGUGCUCCGGACGCGCAUGCGCAUGGCAGCGCCGGCGGGGGCGCGGAGCGGCGCGGCGGACAUCAUGGCGUUCUUCGGCGGCGGCCCCGUGGAGGUGGCGCUGGUGGCGGCGGCCGAGCCCUCGUCCGGCGGGGGCGCCGGGAGCAGCGGCGCCGGCGGCAGCGGGUGCUGCUCGGUGUGGGAAGUGGGCACCGGAAUAUUGGUGGCUAGCUACCGCGGGGGAUGCUGUGCUCCGCGCGGGCUGACGCUGCUGGGCGGGGAGUACCUGCUGGGGGCGCAGCUGGGCAAGUCCUGCGUGGGCGCCUGGGAGCUGCAGAGGAAGGAUCAGCUCCAGCAGAAGAUACUAUGCCCAGAGCCAGUGACUUGCCUGACAGCUGCUCCCAAUGGCCUCUACAUCUUGGCAGGUAUAGCCGAAAGCAUCUACCUGUGGGAGGUAUCGACUGGGAAUCUGCUUGCUAUCCUGAAUCAACACUACCAGGAUCUUUCGUGCCUGGCCUUCACAAACGACACCAGCCACUUCCUGUCUGGGGCCAAGGACAGCCUCGUUAUAGUGUGGAACCUGUUCAGCGUGCUGCAGGCCAAGCACAUCCAGGGUCCCGAACCGCGUCACGUGUGGUCCCAGCACAGCCUCCCCAUCACAGACCUCUACUGCGGCGUCGGCGGUGCCCAGGCGCGAGUGGCCACGGCCUCCCUGGACCAAACAGCGAAGCUCUGGGAAAUCUCCUCUGGCAACCUGCUGCUCUCCGUCGUCUUCGAAGUGAGCAUCAUGUCAGUGACGCUGGACCUCACUGAGUACUACAUGUUCUGUGGCGGCAUGGACGGCUCCAUCUUCCAGGUGGAGCUCUUCUCCUGGGCUGGGAGAGGCUUCCAGCCAGAGCCGGACAACGGGAAGAUCUUCAAAGGGCACAAGAACCAGGUGUCCUGCUUGUCCACCUCGACCGACGGAACCCUGUUGCUUUCUGGCUCGCAUGACGAGACCGUCCGGCUGUGGCACAUCCAGAGCAGGCAGUGUGUGCGCACCGUGACAUACAAAGGCCCGAUCACCAACGUCCUCAUCACCAUGGCUCCGGCCAACAUGCUGAUCCCGGAGAGCAAACCCAAGGUGCCCCUGCCGAAGUUCAGCCGGCACCUGCACAGCGUGGAGAGCAUCGAGAACCCGGCCAGCGACGGGCUGACCAUCUGCCUCGGGCUGCCCCAGAAGGGGUCUGGCGAAAGCUACCUGGAGAAGGCAGAACGCAUGUAUGCACAGAUGUGUUCUACAAAAGAGAAGAACAUGAUGGGUGAUCAGGAGCAGCUGAAAAUCCAGGUGGCUGAACUGGAGGAGGAGGUCAGCACCCUGCGGAAGAUCAACAAAAGCCUCUUUGACUUCUCUAACCGCAUCAUCACCAAGCCCGGAAAGUAGGACACUUUCCGACGCCUGCAUGGCCCAGCCCCUUCCGCUGGGCCAGAGGUGGCACGCUCACCUGCUGCGGACGUGCCGUUCCGAACUCUUUUUGGACAAAGCUGUGGUUGGCCACAGAGGUGCCCUUUCGCAUAUGUUCGCGGCGGCAGCUCUCUGGAUCGAAAGCUGACUAUGCUGUGGUGACAGAGCGAGAAGGGGAGAGAAAGAUGACCCCCCCCUCCUUCUCUCAUGCCCUCCCCACUUGUUCUGUUGCUGCUCAGACAAACCAACAGGCCUCACUUGCCAUGGAAGAGGGCAAGCACCGGGUUGCUGCUUCCAGAAUCCCUCUGUGGGGUGGAGGGUAACUCUGGGCUCAGACGCAUUACAGGGUCCCAGACGCCAGAUCUUCCUCUUACGGUUGUCAGCAUCGGGGAGUCUGCCUGCCCUGUUUCCCAGCAUGGCAAGGAGGGGCUUCUACAUCCCCCCUCCUUGUCUGGGUGAGGGAAGAAUCCUCUGCAGAGUCAUGCUCCGUGUUACGCAGAAUUUGGGGCAGUCCUCUUCAGCUGCAGGUGAGGGAGCGAGGACGUCACACUGUACAUCUUUCUUCACCCGAAAAGGAAAAACGGAAGAAGACCUCCCUGCUCAUGGCAAACCAGCAUCUCAGGGAGGGCACCUGGUUAAGCAGCUCAUCCUGAGGUGCUAGGCUUCUGCCUGCGGGAGAGCGAUUGGGCAUGUAUCAUGCAAUCAGAGUGAGAAACAGCCCCCUUGGUGUCGCCUCCAUGCAGGUGGCCACUGCCUGGUUAAUCACCAACGCAUCCGAGCAGACCUUGUACGUUCCAGUAACCCAAAGCAGGGCUGCCAGUUGGGUUGCCAUGUGGUUACAGAUCUCAUUGCUUAAGCCAUGGGUGCUUAAGCAAUGGCCCGCGGGCUGGAUCCGGCCCGCCAGGGAGGUUUUGGACAUGUUGCCCAUGCGCGGCAAGGCAGGAGCUUGCUCGUGCGGAGACUCGCUCGAAGAGAAGGAUCUUGCGAGCAAGCCUCCGCUUCGCAGUGCAUGUAUCCAGCGGCAAGGAGAUCAUUUUGGACUCGCUGGGAUAAAAGGAUCUCCUUGUGAGCAAGCCGGUGCCUCACUGUGUGUGCACGCGCGGACGACCCACCCCGGCCCGUGCCCCCUGCCCACACCGCCUUGGCCCACGCCCAUCGCCAGCACCUUCCACUGCCUCCUGUUAAAAAAAGUUCGAGGACCCCUGGCUUAAGCCGUGCUGCUUUUGCAGUGAACAAAUUUCUGUCUUUCAUGCAGUUUCUUUUGACGACUUUCGUCUGAUUCUUUUUGGUACUGUGUAUUUGUUUAGAAAAACAAAAAUGGCUUCCUGG